AUGUGGAGAAAAAUCACGGGUUACUACAUAACAAAUUAUUUUUAUAUAACUUUUCCACUUGUUUCCCUCUAUAAAUUUGCCUGUCUCUCCAUUUCAAUAUAUGACAUAGGAAUGGCGUUUUCGUGUAAUAAUCAUUUCUCUAUUAUUCUCAUUAUUGGUUUCAUAUUAAGUUCAGAAUUGAAACCAGUUUUAGCACAAAAUUCUCCUGUUUUCGCUUGUGAUAUCACGAGUAAUCCCGCGUUAGGGAAUUUAACAUUCUGUGAUGCAUCUUUGACGGUGGAAAACAGAGUGAAUGAUUUAGUGAAGAGAUUGACAUUGGGAGAAAAGAUUGGAUUUUUGGUAAGUGGUGCAAGUGGUGUGAGUAGACUUGGGAUACCAAAGUAUGAAUGGUGGUCUGAGGCUUUACAUGGUGUUGCAUAUACUGGUCCAGGAGUACAUUUCUCUAGUCUUGUUCCUGGUGCAACUAGCUUCCCUCAAGUCAUUCUCACUGCUGCUUCUUUCAAUGUCUCAUUGUUUCAAACCAUUGGAAAGGUGGUGUCCACCGAGGCUAGGGCAAUGUACAACGUUGGUUUAGCAGGUUUGACAUAUUGGUCUCCGAAUGUCAAUAUCUUUCGUGACCCGAGAUGGGGAAGAGGCCAAGAAACACCAGGAGAAGAUCCAACACUGACCAGCACGUAUGGUGUAGCCUAUGUCAAAGGGUUACAACAAACAGAUGAUGGCAGCACAAAUAAGCUCAAGGUUGCUGCUUGUUGUAAGCAUUAUACUGCUUAUGAUGUUGAUAAUUGGAAAGGAAUCGAAAGAUACAGUUUCAAUGCUGUGGUAACACAACAAGAUUUAGAUGAUACAUUUCAACCUCCAUUCAAGAGUUGUGUACUUGAAGGAGAUGUAGCCAGUGUGAUGUGUUCGUAUAACCAAGUGAAUGGCAAGCCUACCUGUGGUGAUCCGAAUCUUCUAGCUGGGAUUAUAAGGGGAGAAUGGAAAUUAAAUGGAUACAUAGUCACGGAUUGCGAUUCAUUACAAGUGAUUUUUAAAUCCCAAAACUACACCAAAACACCAGAGGAGGCUGCUGCUUUGGGUCUGAAUUCAGGGGUGGACCUGAAUUGUGGAUCUUGGUUGAGUACAUAUACUCAAGGUGCUGUUAACCAAAAACUUGUGAAUGAAUCAGUUAUUGAUAGAGCUAUCUCAAAUAAUUUUGCAACACUAAUGAGACUUGGAUUCUUUGAUGGUAAUCCAAAAAACCGUAUUUAUGGAAACCUUGGCCCUAAAGAUGUUUGCACCCUAGAAAACCAAGAGCUUGCUCGUGAAGCUGCGAGACAAGGGAUUGUCUUGCUGAAAAAUACUGCAGGAUCGCUACCUUUAACUCCCACUGUCAUCAAAUCAUUAGCAGUCAUUGGUCCUAAUGCUAAUGUGACAAAAACCAUGAUCGGCAAUUAUGAAGGUAUUCCAUGCAAGUACACAACUCCGUUGCAAGGUCUAACAGCCUCAGUUGCCACAAUUUACAAGCCAGGAUGUGCUGAUGUGUCUUGCAACACUGCCCAAAUCGAUGAUGCUAAGCAAAUAGCAUCCACGGCUGAUGCUGUAGUUUUAGUAAUGGGAUCUGAUCAAUCUAUUGAGAAAGAAAGCCUGGACAGAACUAAUAUAACUCUUCCAGGACAGCAAUCAGUUUUAGUAGCUGAGGUUGCUAAAGUUGCCAAGGGACCUGUAAUCCUUGUUAUCAUGUCUGGAGGUGGAAUGGACGUACAAUUUGCUGUCGACAAUCCUAAGAUAACAAGCAUUCUUUGGGUUGGUUUCCCCGGUGAAGCCGGUGGUGCUGCCUUAGCAGAUGUCAUCUUUGGAUAUUAUAACCCAAGUGGAAGGCUCCCAAUGACAUGGUAUCCACAAUCAUAUGCAGACGUUGUUCCAAUGACUAAUAUGAACAUGAGGCCAAACCCUGCCACAAACUACCCUGGCAGGACUUAUAGGUUCUAUACCGGUCCAACUGUUUUCACAUUUGGUCAUGGAUUAAGCUACUCUCAGUUCAAACACCAUCUAGAUAAAGCGCCACAAUUUGUCUCCCUCCCUCUCGGAGAAAAACAUACUUGUCGUUUGAGUAAGUGCAAGACUGUUGAUGCGGUUGGGCAAAGCUGCAGCAAUAUGGGAUUUGACAUUCAUCUAAGAGUUAAAAAUGUUGGGAAGAUAAGUGGAAGCCAUACAAUUUUCUUGUUCACUUCACCACCCUCAGUCCAUAAUGCACCUAAGAAACAUUUGUUGGGGUUCGAGAAAGUUCAUUUGACACCCCAAGGAGAAGGGGUUGUUAAGUUCAACGUCGAUGUUUGCAAGCAUUUGAGUGUACAUGAUGAGCUUGGAAACAGGAAAGUUGCAUUAGGACCACAUGUUCUUCAUAUAGGAGAUUUGAAGCAUUCCUUGACUGUGAGGAUUUGAGCAACUCCUCAACAUAUUUCUUCUCAAAAGAGAAGGGAAAAUAUCACAAGUAGAUGCAAAAA